GGUACUUUGAGUGCCUUGAGAGAGUGAUUGGGUAGGCGUUGCCACGUGAUCAUCAUCAUCCUUCCACUGGAGUUCUACGACAGCAGAGAGCGGCGUUGGUAAUUUCCCCGUCAAAUUAAUCUAUAUUGAGUUCAAACAAAUAAAGGUUUUAUAGGAUGGGAGACAAGAAGAGCCCCACAAGGCCGAAGCGGCAACCCAAGCCCUCUUCUGACGAUGCCUACUGGGACUGUAGCGUAUGUACUUUCAGGAACACUGCCGAAGCUUUCAAGUGUAUGAUGUGCGAUGUCAGAAAGGGAACGUCAACACGAAAGCCUCGUCCUGUCUCCCAAAUGGUUGCCCAGCAAGUCACUGCACAGUUUGCUUCACCCACACAACCCAAAAAAGAGAAAAAGGAGAAAUCGGAGAAAGAGAAGAGUGAAAAGGAACCAACACAGAAAAAGAACAGCCACAAGAAGACGAGGCCCAGGUUAAAAAACGUGGACCGGAGCAGUGCCCAGCACCUAGAGGUAACGGUGGGUGACCUGACGGUCAUAAUCACAGACUUUAAGGAGAAAACCAAGCCCGCCUCCACUCCUUCCAGUGCCGCCUCGGCAGACCAGCACAGCCAGAGCGGCAACACCAGUUCUGACAACACUGAAAGGGGGGUGUCCCGGUCGUCCUCGCCGCGGGGGGAGGGGUCCUCAGUUAACAGCGAGAGUCACUAAUCUCCCUCUCUCUCCCAUUUCCUCCCUCCUCACCUAACAUAGUCUUGUGGAACCAGACAAGUGUGUCUCUGAAUAUUGCAUACAAGUCUGGCAUGCAAGAUUACACCCAACGCUACAUACACCCUUAUGUCUCCCCCAUAUCCAUCUCCCCACACUCCAACCCAACAUUUCAACAUGCACACAUUGUAAAAAAAGAAAUAAUAAUAAAAUAAAACAUAUGUAUUAUGAGGCUGGUGCUGAGAGGACGCUGUGUAUCAUCAACGAAUUGGUUUCAGCCAAUAUCUGGGUCGUGUUCAGUCGGCAGCAAGCAGAAGAAAAUUGACUGAAACUGGAAGGUAAUACCUGGACUUAUCCAAUAAAUAAGAAACGAUCAUGUUUGUUUUCUGUUGCACAAAGUUUUAAAACAUUUUGUUAUGGUGUGCCCUAAUGAAAACGACCAUGGCCUGAGUGAACUGAAGCUGGGUCUUGACUGUGUUGAAUGAACCCUGCCUUGCAUGCACAGCUAGCUGAGUGAUGCCACGGGAUCUGAUGGUAUUUACUUACAACACCUCAGUGUUAUCGUGUCAUCCCUCAUCACACACUUAGUGGUUGGUUGGUUUCUGUCUCUUACCAAUGUGGACUAUUGCAGAAUAAGAGAGUGCUUUAGCUACAGAGGAAUACGAAUAUGCAUUAUGAGUAGGGUUGCAAAAUUCUGGUAACUUACCCAAAAUCCAAAGGUUUUCCAGAAAUCACCUGGACGAUUCCCCGACUCAGAGAAUAAGUAGGAAAUUCAGGAUUCCUCCAACUGAGAGAACUGGAAAACCUAGGAAUUCUGGCAAAGUUACCAAAAUUUGCAACAACCCUAAUUAUGAGAGAAUAAAUGUGAAGCGAGUGGUCCAUCUCUUGAUUGUAGAUUGACAAAGAUUAAUUUUGUUAGCAGCAGAUUGCACCUGCUGGCAUAUGGUGUACAUUAAUUAAUGAGAAGCUAUUGGACCAGUUUCCCAGAUACAGAGUAGUCCUUGAAUAAUCACUUUGAAUGGAGAAUCUCCAUAUAACAUUCUUCUUAGUCCAACAGUUGGCUGAAUCUGUGUCUGGGAAACAGGCCCAUUGUUUUAUAAAGCAUUUCAGUUUGGUCAAAAUUUUACUGCACAUGUUACUGAAUCAUAUCACUGCUUUAUGUUACUGGUUAUAGCCAGCCAUGUUGUCAUAUGUACAUCAAUGAGCAUCUCAAUUAUUGCGUUACUAUUUAAUGUUUGAUUCAAAAUUGAGAAUAUUGUUAAGAAGUAUGCUUCUCUUCCACAGUUUGUAGAGUCAAGCAUGCUGUCAUCCAACAGUGGUUUAUAUUGAAAAUAUGAAAUAAAACUAAACUGAUAGGUU